AGAAUGGCUUGUCUGGCAAUCUAUGGUUGAAUCUGGUGCGUCCGCCCUAGCCGCUCCUUUCUAUGGUGCAUCGGGAGGCGGCGGGGGGUCGGGCUCGUUCCUCCGCCAGCUGAUUCUUUCUGCUGGAUGCCAUGGCGCCUGCGAAAGAAAAUGUCAGUUUGCUUUUAAAAUUGUACUACUUGAUGGUAAUGACCUUGGUGGCUGCAACCUACACAGUAGCUUUGCGAUACACAAGAACAACAGGAGCAGUUCUCUAUUUUUCGAGCACAGCUGUCUGUAUUGCAGAAGUUAUCAAGCUAUUUCUAAGUCUGGGCAUUUUAGCAAAAGAGACUGGAAGCCUGAAUAAACUAUUAACCUCUUUAAGAGAAAAUGUGUUGGGCAGCCCUAAAGAACUACUCAAAUUAAGCGUUCCGUCUGUUGUGUAUGCCAUUCAGAACAAUAUGGCUUUUGUGGCGCUUAGCAAUUUGGAUGCAGCGGUUUACCAGGUCACCUAUCAGCUGAAGAUCCCAUGCACUGCCUUGUGUACAGUCUUAAUGCUGAACCGCACUCUCAGUAAAUUACAGUGGUUCUCAGUCUUUAUGUUGUGUGGUGGAGUUACACUUGUUCAGUGGAAACCAGCUCAAGCUACAAAAGUUCAGGUUGAGCAAAGUCCGUGGGUAGGCUUUGGUGCAAUCGCUGUUGCUGUUUUAUGCUCAGGAUUUGCAGGAGUUUAUUUUGAGAAGGUGCUGAAGAGUUCAGAUACAUCUUUAUGGGUCAGGAACAUUCAGAUGUAUCUCUCCGGAAUUGCUGUGACCUUGGCUGGUGUCUACAUGUACGAUGGAGGCCAAGUCAUGGAGAAGGGUUUUUUUCAUGGCUACACACAUUAUGUCUGGUUUGUUAUCUUUCUUUCAAGUGUUGGAGGCCUUUACACUUCUAUUGUUGUAAAAUACACAGACAACAUUAUGAAAGGGUUUUCUGCAGCUGCUGCCAUUGUUCUCUCUACGGUUGCAUCGGUCAUUCUCUUUGGCUUACAGAUAACUGUACCCUUCGCCUUUGGUGCUCUUCUUGUAUGCAUUUCAAUAUAUCUGUAUGGACUGCCUCGACAAGACACCACAAAAAUCCCACCAGUGGAGACAAAUGUGUUGAAACAGAAUCUUAUUAAUGUGUGAUGUUUGCCAUCACAAAGAACAUAAAAGACAAUGCAAAUAGAGAUUUGACUGGGAGUGAUCUUUGUUUUAUUUUCAAGAAGCCUUAACUGAUUGCAAAAGACUUUUCUUCUUAAACUAAAAGUGAAGUUAAUUUUGGUGAAAUGAAGGUCUACUUUGGGGGAUAGUUUGCACUGGAAGUUGGAAUACUACAGUAAGUGGUGAAGCGCUGUUUUCAUAUGAAGCUGUUUCCCCUAUUGGUAUAUGAAGAUCCUGCUCUAACACACACCUGAAAGAAACUGAAUGUAUAUAUAUUGUAUAUAAAAUGGGGGGGGGGGAGGAUGGGGGCGUGCCAUUGAAAAUCUCUAUAAUCAAACGUGUGGGUAUACCGUCUCUCUAGGCAGAAAUGUCUGUAACUUGAGAUGUCUUUGAAAGGAGAGCUGUUACAUUGACUAAAUUGGUAAUUCAGUGUUUAAUAUUUUGGUCACGUUGUACAGAAGGCAAUUUGUUCCAUGACAGAUGCACAUGUCAGACUCUUCAGCUUCAGCCAGCUGUUGAACUGCUUUUUUUAUGAGGAGUUAAGUUGUUGCAGCUGCAAUGAAACAAAGAGGACUGCUGCAAAACAAACAAGGUGCUGGGGAACACCCUGCUCUCGCUCGGUUGUUCAAAUGAAUGUAUUUUUCUUGAAACAGGCCGUGGUUUUAAGCUUUCAACAUGAUACAUCUCAGACACUGUUCUUUACAAUAUCUGAGUGAGCUUCUGUUCUUUUCAAAGGGAUUUUCUACUGGGAUAGAGCUUUUAUACCAUUUUGUAUAAAUACUGUGAGAAUGAUAAAUACAUUUUUGCAUCAGCUAGGUAGUGCUAUGUGCCAUUUGGGGUUGAGCCCCUAUACAAGUCAUCCCUGACUGAAAUGGAUACAAGGGGGAAAUGUUGUAUACAGUGUUAUAGCUGAUUUCAUUACAUAUCUUUCAUCCUGCAAAUUGGUCUACUUCAGAAAUAGCCAACAUGCAAUUGCAUGAAAAUGGAAAGAAGAAUGAAUACUAGUCAAGAUUAUCUAACUAGAGGAAGAUGCUAGAACCUAAAUCAUAAAUAAACGUAUGUGCAUUUUUAAAAUUAUAA